UGCCAUUAUUUCCAAACAGAUACGGCUGGCACCACUCUCCCCUUAUCUGCUUUUGAUGAUUCUGCAGAGGUCUUAAUUUGCUUCUUUGCAGCAACAAAGACUUGCACCCAUGGCAGGAUUAGUGAUAGGAGAAUUAUUUGCAUCUGCUUUCAUUUCUAAGUUGGCUGACCAGGUUUGUUCCUACACCAAGAAGCAGCUCAAGUAUCAGAAAGGUGUCAAGAAUAAGCUGAAGAAGCUGGAGGCCGAUCUCAGAUACAUCCAUGCUGUGAUUCAUUCAGCUGAGCACUUGCCCAUCGAGGACACACACUUAGCAACCUGGUUGUGGGAGCUCAAAGAUGCUGCACUUACCGCAGAGGAUGUGCUUGACUGCUUUGAUUACCAGCUCCUCAGAAAAAUGGUGCAUGGCAAGAACAAGGUGCACAAAAACUUCUCUUCCACUUUUGUUGGUUUCACUCAGUCUUCUAGUUCCUUUUUCAAACGUCUAAUUUUCCAUGAUGAGGGGCUAAAUGAACUGGACAAGGUUGUCGAAAGGUUCGAUAAGAUUGUCAGCCAGAUUAUGACCUUCCAAAACUUGAAAUUAGACAUGGGUGCUCAGGAUCGGCACAGAGUUCUAAGUUCUGAUGCACAAAGUGAUUUGCCAGAGUGGAGAGAUACUACCUCAAUCCCAAGUGAAUCAGAAAUUUUGGGCCGAGAGCAUGAAAUCAACAGUUUAGUAUGCUUGUUGUCGGAGCAAGGUGAUGCAUCAAUAUCCAACAAUGAGAGGUUCUCUGUUGUGUCAAUAGUUGGGAUUGGAGGGGUGGGAAAGACUACUCUUGCACAAUGCGUCUACAAUGAUAAUAGGAUUGAUUAUCAUUUUGAUCUGAAAUUAUGGGUUUGUGUCUCAGAAAGAUUUGAUGUAAAAAGGAUCACAAGACAGAUGGUAGAGUCUGUUUGCCGUCAUGAUCAGCAUCAUUUCACAAAUCUAGACAUGGUCCAAGCUACUCUCAAGGAAAGGCUAGAGGAAAACAGAUUCUUAAUUGUCCUUGAUGAUGUUUGGAAUGAGGUAAGAAGUGGUUGGGAGACCCUCAAGAAACCAUUUUACUUUGGAAGAGAGGGUAGCAGAGUUUUAGUAACCACAAGGAUUCCAAAGGUAGCAAAUAUGAUGGGGACCAAGGCCAAAAACAUAGUAUUCCUAAAGGGGUUAAAUGAUGCAGAGUACUGGAAAUUCUUCGAAAGAUGUGCAUUUGGUGAAGCUAACCCUAAUGAUCAUCCCAAAUUGGAGUUGAUUGGCAAGCAAAUAGCUAAAAGGCUUGUUGGCUCACCAUUAGCAGCCAAGACAAUUGGAGGUGUACUGAAGUCCAAGCUAGAGGAAGAACACUGGAGGAACAUAAUGGAAAGCAAAUUGUGGCAAGUGGAACAACAGAAGGAUGACAUUUUCCCAGCUCUAAAAUUAAGUUACGAGCACUUGCCUACUUCAGCCUUGAAGCAGUGUUUUGUCUACUUUUCUUUGUUUCCCAAGAACUACCAAUUUGACAAAGACAGAUUAGUCAGAAUGUGGAUGGCACAAGGUUUUCUUCAAUCCAAUGAAGCAGAGAAGAGAAUGGAAGAGAUAGGUCAGGACUACUUUGAUGAAUUACUAUAUAGGUCCUUCUUUCAGGACACUGAAUUGAUCAAACAGUCUAAAAUAUAUGUGGUUCAUGACCUGCUGCAUCACCUUGCAGAAUCUUUGUCUGCUCAUGAACACUUUAGAGUUGAAGAUGAUGAACCAGCAGAAAUCCCAGAUCGGGUGCGGCACAUGUAUAUUAGUUCAAGUAAUCUGGCUAACAUCCAUGAGAAUCUACACAAGAUGAAAAAUUUGCGUAGUCUCGUAGUCAGUGGUAGUUUACUGGAUAACCUCUCCAGGUACAAUCUCAUAAAUUUCAUAGAAGUAGCAUUGAAACAAUUGAAAUGCCUCCGGGUUAUUGCUCUGGAUGAACUAGUGCUGGAUGAAUUACCUGAGAGUAUUGGUCACUUGAAGCAUCUCAGGUAUCUGGAAGUCCCAGGCAGUCAAUUAUUAGGCCUGCCGAAGUCAGUCUGCAGGCUUUACCAUCUACAAGGGUUGAGUCUCCAGUUUUGUGUGCCAUUGCAUCAAGGCAGCCCGUUACCUACAGGAAUGCACAAAUUAAUAAGCAUGCGUUAUCUAGACAUAAAUCAGGAGAAAGUUUCUACUAUCAGAGAAAUUGGUAGAUUGAGAUCUCUGCAAGUGCUGAAAGAGUUUCAUGAUCUCUGCAAGUGCUGAAAGAGUUUCAUGUAAGGAAGAAGAUUGAGCUAGGACAGUUGAGAGACAUGAGGCAACUUCGAGGACAAUUAAGCAUUAUGAAUCUUGAUAUGGUUGGAAGUGCAACAGAGUGCAUACAGGCCAGGUUAGAUAACAAAAAGCACCUUAAUGCAUUGCUUUUGUUCUGGAGACAAUUGGAGAAAAGAGACAGUAACCCUGACAAGCAUGAAGAGGUACUUGAAGCUCUUCAGCCACAUCCCAACCUCACUGAGCUGAGAAUCACAGGCUAUAUGGGGAUCAAAUCUCCAAGUUGGCUGAACCAUACCUUGUUAUCCAAUCUUGAACAUUUGGAACUAGAGGAUUGCCAGGGUUGGGAAGCCUUGCCACCACUUGGAUUACUACCUUUCCUCAGAAUUCUGCAUCUAAAAUCUCUAAAAGCUGUAAAGCAUAUUGGCCCUGGAUUCUAUGGUGACAAUGUUACAACAUUCCCCUCACUGGAGGAACUUCUGUUCAGUGACAUGAUUGAAUGGAGCCAGUGGUCAGGAAUAGAGACAAGCCAUCAAUUAUUCCCUCGCCUCUCUAGGCUACAGAUCAAUCGUUGCCACAAGUUAAGAGGAUCACUUGUUAUGCCCACUUUGCUUGAAAAACUUCAUGUUGUGCUCUCAGAUGAUCCUACCUGGGAAUCACAUGAAAAGCCACAAGUUAUUCUAUCUGAUGAUAUCUGGGACUCAUGUGAAACCAAAGAUAUUUCAUCAAUUCUGAAACUUAGCAUAGAUAACAUCUCACUGCUCACUGAUUGCCUUCCAGCCGAGAGUCUUUCCUCAGUGUAUAGACUGGAUGUUAUUUACUGCAGCUCCCUUGUAUCUUUUACUGAUGAACAAGAGAAGUGGUUCCAGAAGCUAACCUCACUCAAAGAACUAAGAAUCACUGACUGCGACAAUCUAACUGAACUGCCAAGUGAUCUGAUAAACCUUGCAUCUCUGGAGACAUUGCAGAUUCAGAAUGCCCAAAACUUGACCAGCCGUCCUGGAAAGGCCUGCCAAGCUAGCUGAAGCAAUUAUAUGUAAAAGGAUUCCAUGAAAAGCUGACAGAGCAGUGCAAGAAAAGAUCUGAUCCUUUCUGGGACAGCAUCUCUGACAUUUUUAACAUUACUGUUUAUCAAGAACACAUACUAUUGGGUGCUGCA